GGAGGCCCUUUUGGUUACAAAGUCAUAAGAAUCAAGUAGAACAGUGAUGAUAGGAGAACAUGGUGGUGACGAGGGUCUCACGACCACAUUCUGCUUUGAGUUCAAGUUAUUGUGACGUUAUUAGCGUUGAUUCUACGAGGCAGCGGCUUCAUUCGAGUGGGCUAUUCGCUGUACCAUGCAUGCCGUUGUAGAGUCUACUGAUUCUCCAGGUCGAAGAUUUGUUGCCUUCAACGCAGCGUACUCCACAAGUCAUCGGUUUUUGUUUGCCAUCUCCGCCAAGUACCAUGUAACGGUAGGGUUUAUAUGGUACAGAUUCGCCAUCCACAGAUCUCAAGAGGAAUACCGGACCAUAGUUACGACCCCAAAGUUUACCAAUGAACAUCUCCCGUGCAGCUUAUGCAGUCUUGCUCUCCUCCCGCCCAUCCCACCCCAGCUCGUCCACGCCAAGCUCAGUUCUCCUCUAACGAAUUGAUUGUUAUUUUUCCUAGUAGUUAUACAAGGGUAUAGACAAUUCCACCACUCCUGUCAAGCACAGAAUCCACCCCCUCCAUGAAGUUCUUGA